AUGCUCUUCAGCACCACAACUGACAUUCGGAGAGUCCUAUUCAACUCAUCAGACAACCUAGAAGUCGUUUUACCUGUGCGUGGUCUGACGGAUGUUCGUGCUAUUGAUUAUGAUGUCAAUAGUCACCUCAUCUACUGGAUCGACAGUGCAGCGAAACAAAUAAGACGCUCUUUUCAAAAUGGUAGCAAUGCUAAGACGAUAGUCCUUGGAGAAGAUUCCUCGCCUUACGAUCUGGCUAUUGACUCAUACGGACAACAGCUGUUCUGGACAGACAGUGUGAAAAACAGCAUAAACGUUUAUAGCUUAAGAAAAGGGGUGUCUAUCGGUGUGGUCUUUCAUGAGAGAGAUGUGCAUCCACGGUCUAUUGUGCUUUAUCCAGAGAAGGGGUGAGUGAAUUCUUUUUAAUGCUGUUUGAUUUAUUUUAUUUUAAUUGGUUAGUAAUCCCCUUAGCAAUGGGCUAGAUUUGCUAGAUUGCCGAAUACCAGGCCCAAUAAAUAUCUAACUUAAAAAGCUGCUCCCGUAGUCCCACAGUCGUUCGAUUUGUAUAAUAAAUUCUGAUAUCGUCUGCGGGACUGUGUGAGCGCUCAUUUUACUUCGGCAUAAUACAACACGACUGCCGGACUGCAGGCGUAGUUUUUCAAGUGAGAUAUUUAGUGGGCCGGGUAUUCUGCAAUCGCUAUUUCUUUCCACAUAAACCAAUAAAAAAAUUGAUUCUAAUCAGUUUUUACCCUUUUCAGACAAAUGUUCUUUACCAAUGAAAAACCGGAGAAGAAAUCUAUCGUGCGUGCAACAAUGGCUGGUGCGCACAAGUUGACACUCUUCAGCGCGGCAUCCCCGCGGGAUUUGGCAGUGGACAAGGUGAGAAACAGACUUUACUGGACGGACACUACAAUGAAAAGGAUUGAGUAUGCCGAUCUCACAGGUACAGGUUCGCUCUUAAAUUCAUUAUAUGAUUGCCACUCUUAUGUACGUUGCAUAUUUUGUCAAACAAACAAACAAAACCAAAACAAAUAAGUCACUUAGAUUAGAACCAGUGACAAUAAACUAAGUUUCCAGUGGUUGGCAAAAUUGAAACGUUUUAGUUCAGAAACGUGUGAACUUUCUUGGUGUGGUCAAAAGGGAAGCAAGAAGAAAGAAAAAUGCACGGUUAUUUUAAAUUUUUCAGUAGUGGUUUUCUUCUUUUUAAAAGGCCAAUUUUCUGUUGCUAGUGCUUUUUAAAGUGCUACUACGAUCAAAUUUGGGAAUUUGUUUUUGAUUACAUAUUUCGAAAGUGUAUGUAAAAGUGACUUACCGUGCCAAGUUUGGAGUCCAAAUAUGAUCUGGAAGUGUGUUUAUUUGCACGGCAAUUUUCGUAAAUGUCUUGCCGCCAUUACUCGAUUCAAAAAAUGACCGGGAGUAGUAUUUGAAGGAGUUGGGGCGAGAUGUGACGUAGAAACAUCAACGCGGCAAAACAAGGCAAACAAACGUGGCUAAUUUCGCAUGCAGGACGGGAUAUUUAUCUACUUAGUCUCCUUUAACAACGUAGUCCGCGUUCAACUGCGAAAAAAAAAUAUUAACAUGUUGACAAGGUCAUUUUUUGGCGACCAUUUUCUUAACGUGUUACAUGAAAGGAGAUCUUGAUUAAAAUAAGGGCUUAGGGAACUGCACCCUCUUCCUCUUAUUUUCAGCCCUCUUCUCUUGAUGUCGAUGAGAACUUCCCGCGAGUUUAAAGUGAACGCCAACAACAACAGUUACAGUUAAAGAACUAUACUAGUACUUGAAUUGUGUCUUCAGUAAUUAACACAUGUAGCUCACAGUCGAAUAAAUAUACCUUACAGGAAUGAACCGGGCCACACUGAUAGAGACAAAUGUGUUACAGCCUGUUGGCUUAGCAGUCCAUGGAAGUUAUGUGUACUGGAUAGAUCGUGAGUCCCGCAAUGUCAUGAAAAUCAGGGAGGAUGACGUUCGUGGCCAAACGGUGCAAGCAGCUAUUGAUGAUUUAUCUGACAUGAUUGUCGUUGAUACACUGAAAACAUUAGGUGUGAAAGUUCUUUCAUUUUACACUUCUUCUUGAUGGCGAUUUGUUAUAAUUCAAGUGGUUAUAAAUAAGGAUUGUAUCGUAGUAUUUGCUGGUCAGUAUGUAGGGUGGCUUUGAGGGCUUAUACGACGUGCAGGACGACGACAACGACAGCGUAAAGAAAAACUUAGGUUUGAUAAGCCAAACAACCACUUUGCUCGGAUCACUCCGUUUGGUGCAUUUUUUACCGCCCUCUGUACAACUAGGCCGUUAGAUUACUACAUGCAAUGCGAUGUAGGUAUUUUGGGAAUUAAUCAUACGAUGCGAAGUAUUCCUUUCUCUUUGCGAACUUUGUUGCGGCACCUAACAAACAAACUAUAGGAAAAUACGCCAACAUUUGGCUUGAGUGCGGUGUAAAGUUUGAACGACCGGAAAUUCACGUUAUUAGUGAGCUUAAAGGGGCUGUGUCACGGCAGUCCAGUUCAUUUUGUUUAAUUUUGCCAAUUACUCGCCCUCAAUCGCUAUGGAACUGAAAGUAAGCAAAGAAAUUACAUGUAAAUGACAAAAUCAGAGACCCGAGGCAAACAUAUAUGUCUCCUGAGCAUUAUUAUUGAAGUUGCAAGCGGUAGGGAUCAUCUUUGGAAAACUGUUAGGCUGAACAGUUUUCAAAAAUCCUAAUUUCAAUCCGUUUCAGUCUUCUUCAAUUUUGCCCUUCCGUGACAUCUGUUGUUUCUGUUAUGUUAUUUUAACCUUCCUUUAACGUUUUAAGCGGUUAUUUUUAUGUUUCUCUUAAUUUAACGGGCAUUUUGUAAUUUCCUAAUUUGGCUGAAUUUCGUGACACAGCUCCUUUAAGCAAAGACGUUCUUGAGCGACGCACGUCAACCGGAAGCUAGCGGUCCUUUUUCAUCUUUGGUCGGUGAUCUGCCCAAAUUUUUGGACAAAUUGUCUCUAUAAUAGUAAAGACACUUAGAAAUAAAAGUUUGGUGGCGUCAAGGUGCUUUAAAAUGAAAAAAAAGACCUCACUUGCGGUAGUCUGCUACACAGCCGUUUUUAGUGUCGUCACGCAACGCUCCUCCCCACUAAGCGUUGCGUGACGACACUAAAAACGGCUGUGUAGCAGACUACACUUGCGGUUGACUUGCGUCGCUCAAAAAGGCCUUUGCUGAAGCUCCCUAUCAAUGCCGUUUUCUCUUCCGUCGCCGUCGUCCUGUUGAAGCUAUCAAGACAAUACAUUUGCUUGAUUAAUUCGCUUACGUUACAAUAAACCGCUUGAGGGAAUACUUUAAAACCAGUUUGGUUGCUCUAACAGGUCCAAAGGAAAACAUUAAUAAGUCACGUUAUCAAUUUUUGCAGCACUGCAUAAUCCAAGAAUUCCCCUUGUGGGGUCACGUGGGGGAAGUUUCCUUGUUACAGUCAACGCCCGAUAACUCGAAACUUCAAGGGAAAUCAAAAGGGGCUCGAGUUAGCGGGAGUUCGAAGCAAAUAACCGGAAAUAAGAAAAUGGGAUGGGGAAUGAAUGCAAGUAACAUGCGCACUUCAAAACUUGAUUGAUACACAAUGCUGGACACUGCAUUUAAACUGGACUGACUAAAUAGCAAAGACAAAGACCAUAUGGUUGUUAAAAUAAUUUCAACAUUUCGGACUGCAGUACACUUGUGUUUUCGACUUGUCAGGCGUUAAAACAUGGUUAAGUUAUCGAGGGUAAAUAUCGAGGGUAAAACGUGGGAUUUGACUUGGCAUAUUUAUUAUUAUUUAGUUUCGUACCACACGGCAUGUGCGGGAACCCUCGGAUAAAAUUGCCAACAAAAAGUUUGUUACAACAUACGCUACAAUUACAAACGCGCGCGCAGAAUUUGAAUCAAAAAACUAUUGCGUGAUAACGGAAGAUGUAAAGCUGCUAAGAAGAAAUUUGCGCGCGUGCCUGUAGGAAGUUACAAGUUUGUUUCGCUUGUUUAAGCUUGCCAGAUCGGGUCUGCAAAUGAUAAAAUAUUUUUCCCACAUGCACAAAUUACAGCGAUUUGAACCGGGAUUCAAAGAUUUGAAGCGAGGGUAAAUUCAUAGAGAAAUUAUCUGAAGGGAAACAAAAAUUUCUUCGAAUUAGCGGGAAAUUCGAGUUUCCGAGGGUAAAAUUGUAGUAAAUGUGUGAAGGAAAUCCAGGGGAUUUUUCGAUUUUGGUUCGAGUUUGCGCAAGGUUCAAAUUAGCUAGGGCUCGAGUUAUCGGGAGUCGACUGCAGCUUUAGUCAAUCAUAGUGAGCCUAGCUACCUUACUGGUACUUACGCGGGUGGACAGUAUUUGGCAGGGGUUUAUUUGCGCGAUUUCAAGAGGCAAAUCUGAUAUGAUAAAAAUGGCGAAAUUUCACGAUUUAAGCGUCCUGAACUUUAUUUAAUUUUGUAAAAAGUUUAAACUUUUUAAAAUAUCCAGCUAAACUGGAACAAGCAACGUGUAAAAUGUUUUCAAAUGAACGUUAAUUUACUAAUUACAACUAAUGUCGAUACAUAUCAUUUAUUUUUUUGCUAUUACAAGUUGAAAGGUUUUUUCUAUGAAAUUUGAGUUUUCUGCUUAAAUUUCGCGAUUUUUUUUACAAUCGCGACAGACGCGAAAUGAAAGACCCACGAAAUUAAGUACCAAUAUUUCGUAUAUAAACUGGAACCUAGUUUUGUUGGUCGUGAUGGACGGUGUAAUGGUUGUUGCGUUUGGUUUGUGUAGUUCACCACCCUUGUUUCAUGAAGCGUUGUUCCCAUAUCUGCUCUGUUGGUGUGCAUGGACAUGCUCAGUGUUCUUGUCCCAUGGAUGUGAUUCUUCCUGAAAACAAUUCUACUUGCAGAGGUUAGUUGUCUUAUCAGUACUUUGAGUGACAAUUUAAGAAGUGAAAUGAUUUACAAUAAAGAAAGGAGCACUAUUAAUUUUACUGUUUGUAACUAACUGAACAGUGUUUUACCACCUGCCUUUUAAGACAGUGAAAAGUUGCUGCCAAAAUGUAUGAAAUUUAUCAAGAAAAUUAUUCUUUAACAGCUUCGAAGACGUGUGAUCCAGAGCAAUUUACUUGUUCCAACGGACAAUGCAUCCCUCAAGGCUGGAUCUGUGAUGACAGCGAGGACUGCAAUGAUGGUUCCGACGAACAAAACUGCCGUAAGUCCCUUUACUAACGUUUUCUACCGGGAAUGAUUUCUUUGAAUGUAGGAAUACCUUCGGUUAAGCGGAGAUCCGUGUGACCCUCGCUUAUGCCCGGUUAAUAGAGAUGUCCUGUCAUUGCAAUUUUGUCGUACAGAAAAUGAGGGGGAACGUUUUGGAAUUUGAGACCGUGUCCGCUAAAUUAAUUCGGUGUCUGUUUAAUAAAUGUUUAAUCAAUCAAUCAGCCAAUCAAUCAAUCAAUCAAUCAAUCAAACUUUAUUUAACGGGCACGUAAUACAGUCGACUCUCUCUUGACGGACACCUCUAUAAGACGGACACCUUCCUUAAAAAGGACACCUAGAGUUGGUCCCUGCCUUUCUUUACUCCCUUUAUUUGACUCUCUAUAAGACGGACAUCUCUCUAAGACGGACACUUACCGCCGGUCCCAAUCUGUCCCCCAAUCUGUCCGUCUUAGAGGGAGUUGACUGUAGUGGAAAAAAACACUAACAAACUUGUGGCCCUCACCUAUGGGAUAGAUUAUUACGGUUGUGUUUUCACUAGGCCGAUUUACUAGCUAAACAUUCAUUACAGGGUUUUGUUUAGGGACGGACCAUUAGAAAACUUAGUGGGGAGGGGGGGCGAAGUACAAAAACAUAUUCGCUCAAGGAAAAAUUAAAUGAAGAAAAAUUCAUGGCCUAAAAAAUUUAUACAAGGAAUCUGAUGACGUAAAAAAAAAGCUGCGGCUCAAAAAUUCCCCACCCACCCACCCAUAGCUUUUCUCAUGGUCCGUCCCCUGCAAACCGACUUUUACUAUUUGAACGUGACAACUGUUUUCACUGUGAAAUUUAACCCGCAAUCUAUGCCGCUAAUUCAGAGGAUUCAAAUAGCUGAAAGCUCGCCAUAAUAAAAAAUGGCGGGGGACGAAGCGCUUGUAAUGACUUCUCUUGUGAUUACUUUCGCCUUUUUUUGCAAAGGAGAAGGAGUUUUAUUCAGCGAAUGAGGCUUAUGUCUCGCUGCUUGAAUAGGGAGACGGAUGAGGCAUAAAUGGUAGUGGAACUACUUUAAAAACUUGCGAUGGGUUGUAAUCAAGAGCCAUAAUGGGACAGAGACGGAAACGCCCAGUCUAGCCCUUGGGAUAUGUGAAUUUCACCAAACGUAUUUUUAGACUAAUUAAACGCUUAAAUUAAUCGGAAAUUGGUUUCCCGAGAGGUCCGCAAACUUUUAUUCAGCGCUGUCAAGUAAUAAUGGCGUCCCGCGUGGAGGUGCGUUUCAUCAACCAAAGUGAUUUUGUAAAAAAAGGAAAUGGUUUUCUCUUAAAAGGUUGUCCCGAUUGGGAGCUAGAUUCCUCGAUUUCGUUGGAAAUGACUGAUUUCCUAGAUGAUAUAUCAGUUUGUUUAUUAGGAGGAAUUGAAGUCCGCGGACAGCGAUCCUGUUCAUGAAAUUUCAAUUUCGGUACUGGAACCUCCGCAGGAAGAAAUAAAUAACAGCAAAAGGCAAACGGAGGAGUGGCAAUAAUCGUCGCACAAAACAAUCCAAGAGGCCAAACGUCAAUUCCAGUGAAGCGACGUCGACGCUCGAUUCGAACGAAAACGCUAAAAUGCAAGCAAAUCACAGCAGAAAUCAAAACAGGAAAGCAGCAGAGGUGCUAACAAAAAGAGGACUAGAAAGUAAACUUCCCCCAUGUGUCAGAACUUCGUAUCACAACAGCUCUAACAAUAAGUCAUGAAAAACUUUGAAACCAAUCAAAAGCAAUGGCUAAUCGAAGAAAUACUCGACCCUCAGAACGUUGUAUCUAAAACUUGUUUCUUCAGUGGCAGAGGACGCAAACAAAACCCGCCAAGUUUAUUUGACGUUCGAUGUUGUGGGCCCAGCGUGUCAAAACAUUGUAGGAAACCAUCACAUUCGCGGACUAAAGAAAAUCGCUUUUAGUUAUUCAGAUCCAGGAGGCACUUUGGAGAAAAUUAAACAACCUAAAACCUUAUUUAGCUGCAACAAACAGCGUUAGUUUUGGAUCAGAGGGCCAAUCCUGCAGACCAGAAACAAAACCUACAGAAAAUCAAUAUGUGUCAUGACCUCGCAAUGUGAAACAAGCGGCAAAAAUCACAUUUGUUAAAUCAAAACUUAGAACCCUCCAGAGCAUAAUCUACCCACCAGAAGGAAAAAACUUAUUGGAACAAGCAGCAUCAUUUUAAGCACUGAAAUGUGCUCAUCAGGCUCAUCUUAAUAUUGAUGCCGAAAUCUAGACGCCUGUAACUCUCACUCGAAAAGGGUCAUCUUCAAUAUGCAACAGUCGAUCGCCAUCACAAUAUUCUGCUUUGUUUGCUUUAAGGCAGUCACGUGUGGACUUGAUGAUGCUUCAAACAAUCGAUUAAAAUGAGCGGACGUCCCAGGAAUUAGAUUUCCGUUUAAUUACAACCUCUGAAAAUAACUUUAGUGAAAUUCACAUAUCCCGGCCAACGCCCUAAGAUUCUCUCUUUGUCCCAUUAUGGCUCUUGGUUGUCAUGCGGUAAAUGGUUCUGUAAACGGGCACUCUGAAAAAGAUAAGGACCUGGCCAAAGAACUGGAGAAUCUAAGGGGGUCAGUGGGAUUGUAAAUCGAAAAAAAUGAUUGUUGGAAUCGUUUGCCAUGUUGAAGUCGGCGUUGCUAAAACGAGGGUAAGGGUGAGGGAGAGGGAAGGGUAAGGGUACGGGUGGAGGGUGAGGGUAAGGGUGAGGUUAGGGUGAGGGAUUGCUAUUAUAAGAAAAAAAAACAAGGAAAAUAUAACAGCUGUGCAACAAUCGAGUUAUGGAUGCACGCAGGAGUUUGCUAAGCACUCAACAAGCUGGAGUUGCUCUCGGCUACUCCUCGAGAUAUUUCUUCGUCAGAGAAUCUGUGUGGUUAUUAAAACUAAGCUCCUCAUCAAUUUCAAGUCCCAAUAACUUAACGCUAUCAACUUGCUCUAGUCGAGUCCCAUUUAACUCAAUAUUGAGCUGUUUUUCCUUGUGGUAAGCUUUGAGUUCAAACUACUUUUACUGAUAAGUAUUGUCUAGGUCUUUGAAGAAUUUAACGGCAAUUGAUGGCUGUGGCCCUGUCAUCAACAUUCUAGACCUCACGAGAUAACGUAUCUUCCAGCUCCUCGAUACACUUAUACUCUACUGAUCAUAUUAAAGUUGUAUCGUCGGCAAAUAGAUCUACUUGAGUAUUUAAGUAUAGGGGCUGGUCUUCAAAAAAGAUCACAAACAAAAGAGGUCCUAAGAUAGAGCCUUGGUGUACCCCUGAUGUGAUGAUCCUUGUGGAUGAGUGACUCUUAAAUGUAACAUACUGCAAUUGCGAUCGUUAAGAUAACAUCUGAACCAGGCUAAGGCACUGGGAUCCAGCCUAUACACUUCAAGUUUAGUAAGGGGAAUCGAAUGGUCGACCAUAUAAAAUGUUUUUUGUAGUCGACUGUUACAAUUCCAUUGACUCGAUCACAGUUCAAAUUAAAUUGGAGGGAGUCAAUUAAAUUAGCAAGUGUAGUCUCUGUACUGAGGUUUUUUCUGAACUCUGUUUGAUUGAUAUAAAUAAGGUCAUCGUUGAACAGAUAAUUUGAUUAACAAUCGUGCACAUGCCGUUCUAUCUCCUUGGAGAGCAAUUACUCGUACAUGUAAUACGGAAAUAGGGUGGUAGUUGUUUACAUCACACAGUCGAUCAGCCUUACGCAAUGCAGUCACCCUGACGUUUUCCACAGUGAUGGAAAUUUAACUGGCGAGAUCGCCUGUAAUUCGCUUAAAACUAAAGUUGAUAUAUUCGUAUAACAGACGCAACCUUUGUUAGAUUCUCAGAAGAAGGUUGAAAUUAAAUGACAAAUCUCACUUUGGAAUUUGAUCCCUCAACAGCAAAAUGCCCUAAAGACGAGGUAAGAUGUGAUGGAGGAAAAUGCAUCAGUGUGACGAAGCUUUGCGACGGUAACACCGACUGCGAGGACGGCUGGGAUGAGGAGCAGGACAAUUGUCGUAAGACUGAAGCUUCAGAGUCAUUGUCCCUUUAA